CUUCAUCAAAGUUCAAUUCCCCCUCUUUUGCAUCUCUUGCAUCCUUGUGUAGAUAUACAUAUACACACAUACAUCUAGCUGUUGCUUUGGUUUCUCAAUGGGUGAAGCUGGCAAACCUGAAGAAACUAAACCAGAAGAGCCCAAGCCUGAAGAGAAGAAAGAAGAGAAAGUUGAUGAAAAGAAAGAGGAAACACCACCACCACCACCUCCUCCCAUUGUCUUGUUUGUUAACUUACACUGUGUUGGAUGUGCCAAAAAGAUUCAGAGAUCCAUUCUCAAGUGCAGAGGUGUUGAGGAAGUGGAGGUGGACAUGGUGAAAAACCAAGUAACAGUGAAAGGAAUAGUGGACCCUCAGGUUCUGUGUUCAAGGAUAGAGAAGAAGACAAUGAGGAAAGCCAAAGUUCUCUCUCCACUACCUCCAGAGGAUGGUGAAUCUGCAAAAUCAGAAGUGGUUGUCGCAACACAGGUUAGUGGAAUAAACACAGUUGAGCUUCAUGUUAACAUGCACUGUGAGGCUUGUGCUCAACAAUUGAAGAAAAAGAUUUUGAAGAUGAGAGGGGUUCAAACUGUUGAAACUGAGCUAAAAGAAAGUAAGGUCACAGUAACAGGGACUAUGGAUGGUGAGAAACUUGAGGCUUUUAUUUAUCGACGCACCGGAAAGUUAGCAAAGAUCAUCCCUCCGCCACCGCCACCACCACCACCAGAACAGAAGGAAGAGGAAAAGAAAGAAGGAGAGAAGAAGGAAGAGGAAAAAGCUCCUGAAGAGAAGAAGGAAGAAGAGAAGAAAGAGGAGGAGAAGAAGGAGGAGAACACAGAGAAGAAGGAAGAGGAGAAUGGAGAAGGUGGUGGAAAAGAAGCUGAAAAAGGAGCAGAAGUAGAAGAGGAGCCAAAGAAAGAAGGUGACCCAAUGAUUCAUGGUAAUAUGCUUCCUUUUGUGUUUCAUGGAGAUCAUCAUGAUAUGGUUAAGAGAAUGGUGUAUUGGACUCCAAUGUAUGUCAUUGAACAACCUCCUCCUCUUCCUCCUCCUCCACAGAUCUUCAGUGAUGAGAACCCUAAUGCAUGUUGCAUCUCAUAAUAAUUAAUUAUAUUUGGGUGGUUUGUGUCUACUAAAAAAGAGCAUGCACAAGAUGAUAUGAUAUGUUUAAGUGUGUGUAAUGUGUAUAUGCAUUGUGGAUGCAUGUUUGGAAUCUCAGAGAACAUGAGUUUUACUGGUUCUCUGAGAAUAUAUAUAUAUUGGAUAUUGAGAGUGGUAUAAAAUAAAGUAUCUGUGAAUUCAUUAUUGGGA